AAUCAACAGCUAUUCUGUUUCGGAGCAGCAUUGUUUCACGUCAGUAUGAUUUGUACAUUUAAAGUGGUAAUGUUCGAGAUAUACAUCAUGUUAUUCACAAAUCAGAUAUUGGCUCUGUCACAACAAACUGAAUUCCUCAAUGCCACUAUUGGAGAAAAUGUAUUAUUUUCUACAAACUUAGCAAUCACUAUGGUACAAUCUAUACAGUGGAAGUACAAUUGCGAGGGAAAUCAAAUCAAUAUCGCAAUGUCUACCUUUCCAGAACAAAACUUCACUGACGUCUUUCAAAGUUACAGCAAUCGAGCAAAACUUUUUAGUAAUGGCUCAUUUUUAUUGUCAAAUGUUCAACCAAAUGAUACAGGAUGUUAUACGAUGAUACUGGUAAAUACUGCAGGCAAAGAGGUGACAAUAAGGAAAAUAUUGUCAGUCUUUGAAGCAGAACAAAAGGAACUGCAUGAGAUUAAAAAUAGAGCAAAUACUUCGGGAAGUAUUGACAACACAACCUGGAAUAUCCAUGGCAUUGUGAUUGGUGUCUCUGUGCUUGGAAUUUGUGUAAUCUGCGUGGUAGUUAUAUAUUUCGUAAAGAGAAGGAAACAAGAAAGUAUGGAAGCUGGUGUGAAGAGCAACGAGAAUUUAAAUAGCAACACUCCAAUGGUCGUUUAUUCAACUUAUGUAGGAACGUUUGCUAACUAUGGAAAGUCAUGUCAAAAUACUUGGGAUCAAACGUGACAAGAACUUUGUUGUGCAAUUUGUUUGAUAAACUUGUUGAUGUUAUUUAAAACAAACAAUGGAGCCUCAAUCAUCUACAAUCACGAUGUACACAUUCUUCAUUAUUCACAAGAAGCUUUGGCAAGGACAAACGCCAGGGAAAUAACUAAAACACUGGAUCCACAUUCUGGUGGAUCCGUCACACUCCUGGAUCUUCCCUGCUGUCAAGCUGCCCGGUUCCGGUAUCAUAUUCUUAUCUUCAGUAGUUUUGUUAGUAAUAGUCACAGCAUUGAGCUUUGUGCAGUUUCUAUUUAAAUGGAGCUAGAAUUUAAUAGGCUCGUGUUGGUUCGAAGGCUACACAUGAUGGAGGAUUAGUUUAAAGCUAACACACCUAGCAGAAAAACUGACAUGACCAUAUUAACACCCCCAUUCACAAUCUCCUAAGAUGUUAAUGUUAAGUAAAUUCAGGAGAUAUGUAGAACAACCAGCUGAUCUGACCACAUCAGUUGGGUUAAGGUUCCCCCAUGUUGAAAUUAACACUACCUCAUACAAUCACAGGCUAGCUUUAUGUUCACAUACUGUGUCCACCAAGCAAGUCAAUUAAACAGGCAAGCCAUGCAUUGAUAAUAAAACUGCUGACCCUACAUUGCUAAUUUUAACCCUUUAGUUCAAGAUCUUACGGUUAACGGAGACCAGAUUUUGCUCAUUUUCGAGAUGACUAGCCGAUUCAAUAGGCGCAUGGACAGGACAGAAUUUGAGCUAACAACUAUGUUGCAAAAUAAAGUCAGAAAUGGGAAUACUUUAUGCAGCGGUCAGUGGUAGCUAAGAAACAACACAUUUAAA